UUUUGCCUACGAUCCACGUUGCUGUGCUGCUGUGUGUACCUGCUGUAUGUAGCUCGUACUUUAGCAGUUUAAUAUAAGGCUUAUUUUUCUCCUUAUGUGAAAAGAGAGGAUGACUAAAACUAGCUACUCUAAGGAUUCCGGAAAAACAAAACCUGGAGGGCCUUAUCAUUCGAAGAAAAUGAUUGGAAACAUAACCGAAGGCCAAGGAUAUGCUGAUAAACGGAAAAGAAAAGUUUUAAACUCGUACAAGAAAUUGAUACACAAAUCUAGAAGAGCUGACUCAAAGAUUGUUGCAGGCAUUGCUCUGAGAUCAACUGAAGAUUCAGUAGAGGUAGAAGGACAUCAUAAGAAAAGGGCAUUGUAUACAAAGAAUGCAAAGGGACAAGUGCAAAAUCCAAAGAAAAAAUUCUCCAAAGCUAAACGUACAGUUCAUUCCAGAGAUGAGCAGGUGAUGUCUAUUAAUCGAUAUACUCAAGCUGAACAGCAACGUCAGUGGCUAACAAAAGAACAUCAACAGAUUCUACAGGACAGGAAGGCAAGACGGGAGGCAAGAGAGGAAGCUUUGAGGAGAUAUCGAGAGAAGAAAGAAGCACGUCACAAAAUGCUGAGCAAACGAACUCCAAGAGGUCAACCAAUUAUUAAAUAUCACAUGGAUUACUUACUGCAAAAUAUAGCGUCACAAACAACAUCAUAGGAUUAGCCAAAUCAGUGUAGAGUGACUCAUAUCUUAAUUGCUGAAGAAACUGAGAUGGCCUGAGGUUGAUGCCAGAUGUGACUGAACCUUAAAACUGGACAAGUGCAGUGUUGGAAGCUGCAUCCCUGCUUUUAAAGUUUAAUAUGAAAUGUGGUUGCAAAGUUAUCACAGUGACUUGUGAGCUAAUGGCCAAGCUCUAACAAAUAUCAUGUAUCAACCGGAGUAUCAGUUACGAGCUAAUGGCCAAGCUCUAACAAAUAUCAUGUAUCAACCGGAGUAUCAGUUACUGUGAGAUGGAGCCGGUAGAAAAGAAAUACAAUGUAUGCAUCACCCAUCCCCAAAUGAAAUUGAAUUUAGUUGAAUGAAGAAGGUAUGAUUAUCAGACAGUCAAGCCUGAUGAGACUGUAGGUUCCCACCUUCCAGUAGAUGACAAUCCAGGAAUGCCCCUGCCAUGGACUAGUCCAGGAAUUGAGCGAGGGAGGCACGAAUGAUGGGUUCUUGUAUAGUGUGAGGGCAGACACAAGCACGAAGGAGUGGAUUUGUUAGGUGUAAGUACUCAUCACUGACAUCACUAGUUUAUCUUUUUCACUCCAUGCAUGUCCAUGUGUGGUUUGGGAGCAGAGGCCUAUGGGGGGAUAACUUGCCCACCCCCCUUUGACUUUUUUUUCAAAAAAUACUUUAUUGGUGAGUAGGAAAGAAAAUAAUCGGUACAUUUAUCAAACAUUAGCACCAAAACCCUAAGAAAGCAACACCAGCAAAUAAAAGCAAGGAUGUUGGGACCGUGAGUAAAGCUGUUGAUUUGACAAUUCCCGCUAAUGUCACAGUUUUUCGUAAAUUGUUAAUGGUUGAAUAAACAAAUGCAAGGCAGAUCCCAAAACAAAAUUUGUAGAGGACCACUUGUUUUUAGGGGAGCCCCACAUUUGGAAUAUUUCUCAUAUAACGUCAUUUCUUUACACUGUUUCUAAAUAUCUAGCAUUUAGUCUUUCAUUUCUUUUCUUUUUUUAAAUCGUGGGUUGGGGGAAAGGUUGUUGUUUUUGCCCGCGCAAGAUCGCGCUUGCAAUUUAAUUGGACACUUCUGACUCGGGCAUGCUCAGCUGGAUGUAUGAUGCAAAACCAAACCUAGGUACGUGUACGUGCAUCCUUGCUACUUUACGUCUGUAAUUCCAGGACCUUACUUUAAAUGCAAGACUGCUCCAAAUCAUUGCGAUUCUUGGUUUGUCUUUGUCUUGGUUUGUUCUUCGUGAAAUGAUCCUUCGUACAUCCUCCGAUUCAUGAAAUAAGCAAUGUAUCAUGCUUAUAGUUCUUACAAAAUACGAUUACUUAGAAGUGAUAUUACAUUUUAUUUUAAGUAAAGUGCUAAAGAACUAACGUGAUUACCACAGCACUCAUCGCAUAAUACUCUUUCCUUGCCUACUGUUGGUUUUUUGCAUAAUGUUGCUUCGGUUAUUAAGCUUUGUGCAAUGCCUGCCGUAAAAGCAUUUUCUUUGUUUCUUGCACGAGGUGAGACACGUGUGAGACACAGUCUGUAUGCAAUCAUGCCUUAAAUGUCGUCUUAAAAUCCAUCAGUGAGAUUCGAUGGAUCAACUCGUCGCUACGAGUGGAGUCUAUAGACUUGGCGCCAGUCGUCUGAGAGAUUGCCGAAUCUUUCCUUGUCCUUUCGACUACUCUGGGUAAACUGCCAAAGGCAGACAAUCUGUUUCCUUGAUAAAAGAUUACUAAAGGAAAACUGGUUUUUGUUCAGUGGUAUCAAUGCAAAAGUAGUAUACAUGUAGUUGAAUUUAUGCACGAUUUAUAAAAUUUUCUUUAAUAAUGGCGAAGAGACUCCCCGCCAUGUUACCAUUUUUUUGCUUCUUUAUAGCUGAAAAUAUACAUUACAGAAAUCUUAGAGGCAUGAAUUUAAACAAAUCCUUGACAUUAUUUUGUCAUAAAGCAGUUGUAAUAACUAGGCAUAAAACAGCGACUCAUCAGCAUGUGGAAAGUGGCCCUUUAUUUGCAAUCAAAGCGCUGCACAGACGUUUCGAAACAUUCCACCUGUCAGCGUGAUCGCACUGGAUGCUUCAACAUCAUGUACAUGUAUUUGCUGUUAUCUUUACUGUAUUGCCAAUGCAGUGAACCCAGUUAUUUAUGACUGCUUUUACUGUGAUUGUUUUGUUAACUUUGGUUGUUGUAAGGUCUUCGUCGCAGUAGCAUCCACACGGAGGUAUUCUUGGAUCGGAAAUGUUGUUUCAUGAUGUAAUGACGGAAUGACCGAUUGACAACUCUAGGACAGUAGAUAGACGGAGAAACAGAUUUUGUCACACAUACCGGUUCGUCUGAAAUUGAAACACGUUGGACUUAACGUUUCGCCUUGCGUCCACGUGUUCAUAACAUGAUAGGGGUUGGGGUUACUUUGUACUUUUAUAAUUCCAAGCCAGAUUUUGAUUUGUUUCGUUUGGGAGAGGGGCUUGUUAGUAAAUUCUGUUUUCUAACAAAUUUGCGUGCGCUCAUUAUUUACAAAGAUAUUGUAGUAUUAAGAAUACAAGUUCAGGAAUAUGACGACUCUAUUUUGUGACACAGAAUCGGGAAAUCAAAAGAAUCAGUUUGCAUGGUCACAGUGUUCAUUGCUUCACCUUGUGAUUGUAACUGUUUCAUGGAAUUGGGCAAUGUGACAAUUAAAUACUGCAACCUGAGUAAAUAGAAGAGUUGGACACUUGACAAGUUUGGAGCGUGUUAACCAAAUCAACUCUUCUGUGAGUAAAUCUUAUCGCCGCUAGACUCACAUGCCAUAGGCUGUCAUUGUGUGUGAUUAUUGGAAGUUCAGUUGUGCUUAUUGAAAAUGGAGGGAAUUAGGCAAACAUUCACGCUAGUCAUGUCAUGUUGUGAUGAUACUCCAUCAGAGUCGUUGCGAUGUACAAAGACCGAGUCUGUUUUAUACAGUCUUAGGGAUGUGACAUGAAUCUCAGGUGGUUGACUCAGAUGAAUUUUCAUUGAUGUUUACUUAACUACAUGUAGUUUCAGCGUGGAUAGGCGACAUCUCUGGGCUCGCUUCGUUAAAAACAGCCAAACUGUUAAUGUAUUUGUUAUUUUUACAGGGAACUGUGUUUCAAGUUGUUUUUCAAUUGUGUACUGCAUGUAUUUUUCUCCUUCUGGAAUUAAACCUCAUUGCUUGUAACUGUGAUCUAAACUUAAUUUUUAAGCUAUUAAAAUAGUUUACCUGUAAGGUUAAUCACAAAUUAAAUAUUGAAAUGCU